AUGGAGACUCUCAAGCGCGUCGUUACUCCACCUUUGUCCCUUCAUGAUCCCAAAACGGAUUUCCUCAUUGGUCUGCGAGGUUUCUUCGUCAUGCAGUCUUUCUUGCACACCUUCCUCCUCGUCUUCGCGCCCGCCUCCGUUGCUCACUCGACCAACGCUCAAGAAGUCUUGCACAGUUCCACGCUCCACAAAACGCUCAAGCUUGUCUCCAUCCUCUUCUGGAACGACGGCAUCAUCUACUCCGCCUUCAUCCUUCUUAGCGCGCGCACGAUAUGUAUUCCAUUCAUGAAAGACAGAACCAAGCUUUCCAUUGCGGGGUCCAUCUUUCGUCGCGGCAUUCGCUUGUGGUUCCCCGUUGCUGUCGCGCUGGCGAUCAGCACCGGGGUUCUGCACGCGACUGGGUACAAAUACAUCGACGAUUUCGCGGAGAAGACGGGCAACAUUUCCAUCUUGGUGCCUUACAAGAUUGACAACGCGCUGAUUUACUUCAACUCGGUGUUCAACUUGUUCUGGGUUACCACAAGAUUCUCAGAGCAAGCGGGAAGUUAUGCGUUUCCCGGGCAGAUGAUGUGGGUUAUCAAUGUUAUCUACAUGCAGAGGUUAGUCCCACCCUUGGUCAAGGGAAGAAACGUUGAUGCUGACGAAAAGCAGUUUCACCGUGUACAUGACGAUGGUUAUCAGUAA